GAUUUUGGAUUACUUUUCGAAUCAUGUGUUUAAGGUCUAGUGGAUCGAUUGUCGGUGGAUAUAUAAAUGUUCAUCUACAGUUUUGCCUCCUUUAAAUAGGGCUGUCAGCUAGUCGGUAUUGUGAGACGCAAAACCUGGUACGUCAGUGCAUCGGUUCGAGUCGUCAUACUGCAUUAACAUAGUGAUCGCAUAGAUUCCAACCAAGUAUCCUAAACCCUUCAACAUAACUCAGUCCCAGUUGUCAAUGACUUCAUAGAAGUGUGCUACGUCUUGUGGUGGGCCUUAGCUUUCUCUCAGUCUACUCUUGCGUCAGAUAAAAUCACUCACCGAGGUAGGUGGUGGCUAGGUAUACGUAAAGUGUGUUGCAAUCACCUCAAUCUGUGGAAUUUCACUACCUCAUCGAUGGGUUUACCAUCUUGCCUGGUAGCCUACACAUAACCCCACGAUUUCUCAGUCAGUUAUCCCAAAAUACAUCAUAGGUGCUUCGAAGACAUCUGUGGUCAAUUACUAGUAACCUAGAAAUAUCCUCUGUUCUUGGUGACCACGUCUCACACCAAUUAAGCAGCACAAAGAAGUGCUAUGGGUUAAGCUGGUUCUUUAGCUGGUAGAUAAAUAUCUCGUCUAGGUGACACGGGGCUUGAAUUGACGAGGACCAAUCUAGGAGUUUGAAUCAUUUAACAUAGACACGACAAUCGAGCAAUCAGUCCAAGUAUUCUCGAAACCUGUCUGUUUGUUGUAUAAACUAUGUUUACGUUACAUGUUUGAAAGUGAAUAUAGAUAAUUGAAUUUCUGUUUCAGUUUUAAGAACAAAUUUGAGGAUGGAUCAGUUGUUCUCCUAUGUUUCUGUAUGUUUCUUUUGUCCGUACAUGUGGAUUGUUGUUGCUGUUAGUACAUUGUAUAUCAUUAAGAGAAAAUACUUCGGUCAUUGUGAGUGUACUCUUGAAGAUCGUUUGGAUGGUAAAACAGUUAUUGUUACGGGAUGCAAUACUGGUAUUGGAUUAGAAACGGUGGAUGAGUUGGCUCGCCGUGGGGCCCGCGUUAUAAUGGCAUGCAGAGAUCUAAGGAAGUGCGAAUUGGCUCGACAGGAGCUUCUGAUUAGAACUUGUAAUGAGAAGCCAUCAGUAUUGAGUGUUCAUGUGGAACCAGAUCAACUUAUUUGUGAAGAGUUGGAUCUGGAGUCGCCAAAAUCUAUUCGAGAGUUUGCGAAUCGUAUCAUUAGUAGAGAAAAAUCAAUUUCCAUCUUAAUCAAUAAUGCUGGAGCAGAUUUUCCAGAGAAGAUUUACGAUGAACUUGGAAUUGAGAAACACUUGAAAGUGAAUCAUUUGGGUCAUUUUCUGCUUACUAAAUUAUUAAAGCCGUGUUUGCAUGCAUCUGAUGGGAAACCUUGUCGUGUAAUCAUUCUGUCAUCUCUGUCACAUUGGUUUGCUAAAUUACACCCGAAUAGCGGAUUCUUGUCAGGUGUAGGCUCUGGUUAUGCUAUUAGUAAGCUGUUAAAUGUGAUUCAUGCACGUGAGAUUUGUAAACGUUGGUCUGGAGAUGGAAUUAUUUCAGUCAGCGUUCAUCCAGGCUUGGUGAGAACAUCCAUUUUUCGUUCAUGCAAAGGGAAAUAUUUUCUAGUCUACUAUUUACUUCGAUGGUUGACAAAAACAUCCCGUGAAGGUGCUCAGACAACAGUAUUUUGUGCUCUUGAUAACAAUCUCAUUCCUGGUGCAUUUUAUUCUGAGUGUCGGCCACGCAGAUGUAACUCCCAAGCAUUAAAUGAUGAAAUUUGCGAUCAUGUGUGGAAAACUUCGGAAGCACUUAUCGACGAAUGGGUAUCGUUUAGUCAGAAGUAGAAUUUGAAAAUAUUCUUUAUUACUAAAUGCUGUGUUAAAUUAAUGACAUGUAAAUACCACUGAGCUCAUAAACUGUCAUAGUCUUACUUAUGCGACACAGUAAAACAUUUUCUGGAGUCCUUUUAUUCAUUUUGCUUAAAUGACUAAUAUUUCACAGUAAUUUAUAUAAGUCACUUUUUAUUGUACACUGUUUUCUUCUCAUAAGCUAUGAACUACUGUCGAUGAAGUCUCUUCCGUUGGGGUGGAAAGCUGUUUUGAUAGAUAGACCUAAACAACAGCAGGGAACGACUGUGAAAAUAGUUCUUCUCCAGUUUUUUGCGAAGACAUCUACUAGUGCACGGUUUACAUUUGUAAAUAAAUGUGAGGAUCUCUAUCAUUUAACGGCAAAUGGUAUUAUUUAUCAAAGAUCGAGCAGGAAUUAUAUAUUAGAUGUACAUUUUAGAUCAUUCAUAAAUACUAUGGUCGCACUCGACUUAAUUGUUAGUCUUCUUCAAAUGCUUAGACGAUACUAUUGAGGAAAGUGGUUUUCUCAUUUUCCGCUCCUCACUACAACGUCAAUGAAAUAUUUUGUUACAGGUUUUACGGAACGAAAGGAAGAAAGAAUCGAAAUAUUCAUCAUGUUGAAGGUUGCAUUUUCCAAUCAGUGGAUACGAAACAAUUUUUGAUAUGAAAUCGGUCUGUCACUCUUGAGAUCAGUUUUACUUGAAUGGGAAAUGCUAUUCGAAGGCUGUGGUAAUGCUUGAUCCGUCCCUAAUCAGUUCAGUGUAGCCCUUCUGAAUCUUGUGUGAACCUUAGUGUAGAUGUGAGAUAGGAAUUAACUUUUCAUUUCGAAUCCCACCUGCUUAUCUGGACAAUUUCAAUCAUAGGGCGCAUUGAAUUCUUGACUAACAUCAGAAUUUAAAGUGAUGAUAAGUGUAAUGCAAUGUGUUUUAACUUACACAUUUGCUUUAUACAUGCAAGUGUUUGGGGGUAAACAGAACUCACAUUUAUUGCUAUUUCCUACCUGCUUACAGUACUAUGUUUCACUGAUACGAGCCAAAAUGCCGUCUAGUGAUUGCAAAUUUUGAUGACCUAAAUAAAUUCGAAUCUCCACAGAAGAAUAAAACACACUGAUUGUUCCUAUGUUCAAGAGAUGUUUAGUGAUUGUGGUAUGUAAAGUGGUUCUUUCUGUUGUUUGAAGGCUUUUCGUGACGUGUUCAUAAAAUCUAAUGUAUACCUUCUGCUUUCGCCCAAUGUAGCUGCUUCGACAAGUUCUUUUAAAUUUAUAGACACAAUUGAUGGUAUAGUGGAAGGGUUACUUGUCGACCUUAGAUCGGGUUAUUAAGCAUGGUUUAUACAGGAUUACUGGUUUGGUUUCAGGGUAGGUGCUUGCUAACUCAGUGAUAAGCUUCGUGUUGAAUGUGCUUGCGACGUUUCAUCUUUGAAGCUCGGAUUCAUAAAUAUUGGUUUUUUAUUGACUGUGGUCACAUCUGUCUUGUUGUUUUCGGGUUUUCUUUUAUACUUUUUGAUGAAUUUCCGUGAGCAGCAGUUGUCUCACAGGUAUUUCUCAACGUUCCUCAAUUCUUCCUCCAGUUUCUUGGUGGUACGUAUCUUUUCUACUCUACAAAAUAGUGCUUUGACUAACGCUUUCUUACAACUGAUUGGACAGAAUCUAUUGAAAUUCAAGUAAAGACGAUUGCAAGUGCUUUUUCGAUAAACCGAACGUUGAACACUAAUCCAUAUAUUUAUUUGUUGCUUGAGUUUGCUUCGAAUUCUAUAUGUUCUUCAGUUGUAGGAAUGUUGCCCUUGAUUUACCAAUCCUUUACAUGUGGAUC